AGUAGAGGCUUUCCAUUUCUUUAUCUCCGGAGCGUGAGAUAGCUAACUUUAUCGGUGCGUGUUUGUAAAGCUCAACGAAGUCGCGUUUUCACGGCUUUUUGAUUUUGGCUUUGCCAGUUGCCACUCCACUGUACUGUGUGAGUGAGGAGUGAGUAGUAUCCCUAUCCCCGCAAAUCACCCACGCACUCACACUCUCGUCUCUUUCUUCAAAACCCUAAAGCCAACAGCAGUAAUGGGAGAAGGAAAGGGAUCGUCCCUCGUUCAUUUGCUGGCCAUUGUGUUGAGCUUGACCGCCUUCGGAUUCGCCAUUGCCGCCGAGCGCCGCCGUAGCACUGGUACUCUGCAUGACGAUACCACAUCCAAUCGUACAUACUGUGUUUAUAGUUCUGAUGUUGCCACUGGAUAUGGGGUGGGUGCUUUCCUCUUUCUUCUCUCAAGUGAGUCAUUGGUAAUGGGUGUGACAAAGUGCAUGUGUUUUGGAAGACCUUUAUCUCCUGGUGGAAAUCGUGCCUGGACAAUUAUUUAUUUUAUUUCUUCAUGGCUGAGUUUUGUGGUGGCAGAAGCAUGUCUUGUUGCUGGUGCUAAGAAAAAUGCUUAUCACACCAAGUAUCGAGAUAUGAUAUUGGCAGAAAAUUUUUCUUGUGAAACACUUCGGAAAGGUGUAUUCGUUGCUGGAGCUGUCUUUGUGGUAGCAACAAUGAUCAUCAACGUGUACUAUUACAUGUAUUUCACUAAGGCUACUACUCAACCAGCUCACAAAGCAAACCGUAAUAGCUCAAAUGUGGGCAUGACUGGCUUUGCAUAAAUGUAUUUUGAGACUAGUCUUGUCUUGCUCUAUAUAUGGUGUAAGGUAUCACUAUGGAUGGAUAUAUUGUACAAUUGAAAUAGUUUGACAUUAACAUGUUACUUCUUCUUGACUGAA